UUGAAAGGGGGUUCAGUAGCGGUUCCUUAGACUUGAUGGUCUUACCCUUCACUUUCGCUUUUCUUCAGACUGAUCGUAAGGCUCAAUUAUUACAUGCAUUGCAGAACAAGUCUAUGCUAUAUUGCAUGUCCAACUCUGAACUGACAGUGAAGACAUCGCCAACAGUAAAUCAUGAAGUUUGUAAAGAAGAUAGUAACAGACUUCAGGAUAGACUGGUGAAAUGGGCAGACGUGUGAGAGAUGGAAUUUAAUCGAAACAAACGUAUGGUAUUAUAUUUUGCGGGAGGGAAUGAAGAAGGGCUGUAUAAAUUUAAAUUGUACAAUUUUAAAGAGUAAGGAGUAGUGAAAACUCGAUGGAUGUUCUCUCUGAAAGUGGAAGGACAAAUAUAAAAAGUUACUUAAAACGUACGUGGCUGAAUAAAUAAAGACAUACAAUUCAAAAGCAAAGAUAUUUUGCUCAAGCUUUAUAAGUUAAUGUUUAGGCCUCACCUGGAGCAUUUGUGACUAUUUGUGAGGAGAUAACCAUAAAUUGUAGGAGGAUAUCGAUGGACGUCAGCUGGGCACGGCAAUAACAGGUAGAAUUCAACGUUGAAAAGCGAGGAAAUGCACUUGGGGAGGGAUAUCAAGGGAAGGUAUUACACCAUGAAUGGCAGGAUCCUGGAGUCAGAGAAAUAUUGGUGUGUAUAUCCACAAAUCCCUGAAAGUAGUGGAGAAGAUAGACAGCAUAGGUAAGAAGGCAUGUGUAAUUCUUGCCUUUAUUAGUUGAGGGAUAGAAUACAAAAACAAAGAGGUUAUGCUGGAACUGUAUUAAACGGGGGUCACAACUGGAGUACAACAUGCAGUUCUGGUCACCACAUUACACUAGAGAAGGCGUAGAGAAGCUUUGCCAGGAUGCUGCCUGAAGUAGAGGAUUUGAGCUGUGAGGAAAGAUUGGAUAAGCUGAAGUAGUCCUUGGAGCACCAAAGAUUGAUGGGAUACUUGAUGGAAGUGUAUGAGAUUUAGGGCUUAGAACGGAUAGAAAGGCACAUUUUCCAUUAGUAGAUGGUUCAGUAACCAGAUUUAAGGUAAAAGAGGAGAGUUGAGGAGAAUUUUUCCCCAGCCUAAAAGUGUGGUUAAGUCAAAAAUUCUCAGAACAUUUAAGCUGUUUUUAAGCAUUCACUUGCAUUACCUCCAAUGCAAUAGGGCCAAAAGCUGGAAAAUUGGAUUACUUUUGUCAGAUCUUUGUUGACCAGCAUGGAUAUGGUGGGCCGAAUAGCUUCCUUCCGUGCUGUCAAUGUCUAAGCCUGAGAAUUGUAGGCACCAUACCUCAAAGGCCUUGAUGAGGGAGCAAAGGAAACAUCAUUACAACGGUACCAGGGAUACAAAACUUUAGUACCGCAGAAAAGACGAGAGAUACUAAGAAGAAUGUUCAAACUCGUGAACGGUUUUAAUGAAAUAAAUAAGUAGAAACUAUUUCGCGCACUAAAGGAAUACAGAUUUCAAGUCAUUCACAAGUCCACAUGAGGAAAGAUCUACUGCCUGAGAAAGUAGCAGAAGAUGAUUCGAUAAGAACUUACAAAAGGAAUAGGAUAAUUACUUGAAGGGGGAAAUAUUCUGAGCUUUGAAGAACAAUGACUCACUGGGUAACUCUUUCAGAGCCGACACAGAAAGGAUAGGCCGUAUGUCUCUCUGAACGCUUUUUAGGUCACUUUUCACAUGAUUUGUAUUGGUGGGUCUGAAUGUGAUUAUACUGAGGGUUGCUUUCCUUGUAAGAGUGUUUCUGUUUCAUUCCCGGUAUAGAAUUGACACUCAUUCUUCUUUUGGUGCUGUACCCGCGAUAGGCGGAUCAAGGUCUCGACCAUCUGUUCCUUAGGUUGGAUCCUUUAACUCGGCUUCUCCUUAUUCUACAAUGUGAGUCUGCCUCGGAGUUGGGUAUAUUAUCCAGAAAACGUUUCAGAUGAAGUCACUUUCAAACUGCUUUUGGGCGUUGUUGACUUGGGGAAGAACCAUUCAGUGGUAUCGCUGAAUUUGUCUGCAUUAUUUGGAGGUUUAAAUGCGUCUUUUUACCGUUAACCAUGUGAUCCAGGCACCUUCUCAGAUCAAGUGUUAAAUGUUACAUUAAUGAUAUUGUCUGAACGCAGCAACGAAGAACAGGACCCGAAACUAAAACAGCUGCAAACCCUAACUUCACAAAUUUGCUUUCUACAAACCACGCCCAUUUCUCAGAACACUUGGAGAAGGACGCAGUUGAAUUUGAACUCCCAUGAUGAUAUGGUCCGUUAAGUAAAUAUUUACUUCACAAUUUCAUGGCUGGCGGAAAUGUCAGUUCAUCCUCGCUAGCACGUCAAGCCCAUUAUUCACUGAUUCACCCAGGAUUUUCGCUUCUCUGGUAACAUUUCUGAGUUACUUUCGCUAUUUUUUUGGAGACUGACGCUGUUAUGUUGCGAUAAGCUACUUUGUAUGCUGCUUCGCACCAUUUGUCACCGUUUCAAUACACUGGCUUGUAGUGUGCAGAAGAAGUCACAAGUAGGCCAGUCCAGGUAACUAGUAAUGGUGAAUAAAGAGCAAAGUGACAAACAACAGGUGUUCAAAUCAGACUAUAAUCCUAGUGAUGGCUCCCAAGGAAGUUCACGCAGUUCAACUCCUGGCCCUGACUCUGACCGACUCCACGAAAAGAUGCGUCGACGUAUUGAAUCAGGAGACAAAUGGUUCUCCUUGGAGUUCUUCCCUCCUCGAACUUCAAGUGGUGCUGUUAAUCUGAUCUCCAGGUUUGAUCAUAUGGCUGUUGGUGGACCACUCUUCAUUGAUGUAACCUGGCAUCCUGCUGGGGACCCCGGUUCUGACAAAGAGACUUCCUCUAUGAUGAUAGCUAGUACAGCAGUAAAUUACUGUGGUCUGGAGACAUUGCUGCACAUAACCUGUUGUAACCAAACCAAGGAUCAGCUAUCUCAGCACCUACACAAGGCUCGGAAUCUGGGUCUGAAGAAUGUACUUGCACUCCGUGGUGAUCCCAUGGGUGAUGAGUGGAAGAUUGAAGAAAAAGGUUUCAAUUACGCCAGUGAUUUGGUCAAGCAUAUUCGCUCUGAGUUCCAUGAUUACUUUGAUAUCUGUGUUGCUGGUUACCCAACAGGGCACCCAGAAUGCAACAGUUAUGAGGAUGACCUCAUACACCUGAAGGCAAAGGUAGAUGCUGGUGCAGACUUUAUUAUCACCCAACUCUUCUUCAAACCUGAAACCUUCAUUACAUUUUUCAAGGACUGUCGUGCAAUGGGAAUUACUUGUCCUAUUCUGCCAGGAAUCUUCCCCAUUCAGGGUUAUCACUCAUUGCGACAGCUGGUCAAGCUCUCCAAGCUCCAAGUGCCACAGGAAAUCAAAGAUGUAAUUGAACCAGUCAAAGAUAAUGAUGAUGCCAUUAGGAAUUAUGGUAUUGACUUGGCCACUGACAUGUGCAAGGUUCUGUUGGAAUCAGGUUUGGUGCCAGGGCUCCAUUUCUAUACCCUGAAUCGAGAGGUGGCAACUGUGGAGAUUCUGAAACGACUGCGGCUAUGGAGUGAGGACCCUAGGCGUGCCUUGCCGUGGAUUACCAGUGCCAAUCCAAAGCGAAAGGUUGAGGAUGUUCGUCCAAUAUUCUGGGCUUCAAGGCAGAAGAGUUACAUCUACAGAACUCAGGAUUGGGAUGAAUUUCCCAAUGGAAGAUGGGGAAACUCAUCAUCUCCUGCAUUUGGCGAGCUGAAUGAUUAUUAUCUCUUCUAUCUAAAGAAUGACUGCACCAAAGAGGAGCUGCUGAAGAUGUGGGGGGAGGAGCUAGUAGACGAGAAAAGUGUCUUUGAUGUUUUCACAGCCUAUAUCACUGGGGAAUCCAACAGCCGUGGGGUAAAGGUGACCUGUCUACCCUGGAAUGAUGAACCUUUGGCACUAGAAACAUCUCUGAUGAAAGAAGAACUGGAGAAAGUGAAUCAGUUGGGAAUUCUCACAAUAAACUCCCAGCCUAACAUCAAUGCUCGACCAUCAACUGACCCCAUUGUGGGCUGGGGACCAGAGGGAGGCUUUGUUUUUCAGAAGGCUUACCUUGAGUUUUUUACCUCCUCUGAAAAUAUACCUACUCUACUUAAAGUUCUAAAGAAUUACAAAACACGAGUGAACUACCAGAUCGUAAAUGUGAAGGGUGAAAACAUAAAUAAUGCCUUUGAUCUGCAGCCAAUUGCAGUCACAUGGGGGAUUUUCCCUGGACGUGAGAUAAUUCAACCAACAGUGGUUGAUCCUGUCAGCUUCAUGUACUGGAAGGAUGAAGCCUUUGCCCUGUGGAUUGAACGAUGGGCCAAAUUGUACCCAGCAGGAUCUCCCUCUCGACAGAUAGUUCAGGACAUCCAUGACAACUAUUAUCUGGUCAAUCUCGUGGACAAUGAUUUUCCAUUUGAAAAUUGUCUGUGGCAGGUUGUUGAUGAUCUCUUCAAGUUAAAAGCAUCUGAAAACACUUGUGGGACAACGACUUGUGAUGUGCCUGUGGAACCGUGAAAUGGCAUUGUGCAGGAUGACUAACUGACAACUAGACUUUGUUUAGGGAGAAUACCUCACCCAAUCUCCCAUGUACUAGUCAGAAUUGUUCUCCUAGUGGAAUGGACUUUUACUGUAGUGUUUGACUCUGUUUGCUGUGACUACUGCAAUAUUUUCGCAGCUCUGUGUGUGCAAGCACUGGGUUGAGUGAGGUCAUGGUUCAGGUUAAUGUGGAGAUUCCGUUUACUAUUUCUCUGCAUUCUUAUGGUUUGAUGGGGCAGUGUUUGAAUCUGAAAACGUAUCAAACGACUGUUAUUCACGUAGAGAUGAUAAUGAAUCAUAGGACCAGACAGAGAAAGGGGUGUCACUUCUGAAACUCUCUUUCUUUACUCCAUAUCCAGAAGUGUGCUGUCUAACAUACAGCAGACUAACCAGACCGGAAAUAGCACGCCCAUGUGUACUCACCAGUCUGUAUCUUCCCUGUACUAGGCAGUCACUGACAUACUAGGCUUCAUAAAGAAAUACUGUUCAUGAGAAAUUAUUUCACUCCAAAGGAAAAAGGGAUCAGGAAUGAGCAGCUGACAUAAGCAGCUGGGGCAGGUUUCCUGGAUAAUGGAAUGAUGUUCACCAAUCCUAGCCCACCUCCAUUCAUCACAUUAAAUGAAUCUGAUUUGAUGCUGAUGUCUCAUCAUACCAGGCUGGUGCCAGGGGUGAACAACAAAGUGGCUUAAACCUUUAUAUAGUUUAUGAUUUGCACAAUCUGGAGAACAACUGACUCUAGCUGUUAUUCACCUUGAUAGUUCUGACUCCUGUUUUUAAACUCUAUAAAAUGAAGUAGAACUAGAAAAUAUGUUUUUUUUUGCAGCAACAAUGUAUUGCUUUUGUAAAUAUCCAUUUGUUUAAAUAGCACUCCUAAUCCUGAUUUAAGCUAAGUUUAGGAAUCAGUCUUAACAAAAGUUAGCACCAAGCUUGAACUGCGAAAUUUAGUGUUCAGUAUUGUUGCAAAUAAGUACAUUGCUGGAAGCUGAAACUUCAUAAAGAUCUAUUGUGACAGUCUGCAAAAAUAUGACCAUAAGCUUGUGCUGUGACAAUGGCAACUGUGAGCAGCUCUGGGAAUUGCAGAGUCUGGCUUCCUGAAGCCCAUGCUGUACAUCAGAGAAAGCCAUACUAUAAGUGGUUGGACGUGAAAGCAGUCUGUUUUCUGGCUGUGGAAUGAUCAAAUCUUCAAAGCAAUUACAAAGUGUCUGCUUGUCUCAGCAAUGGCACUCUUCUUUAAAGCAUGAACUUGCAGACUUCAGAAACACAAAAUUAUUGUGGUGCAGCAGGUCAUUCAGACCACGGUGUCUGCACCUUCUUCCCAAAUGAACAUUUCAGUUGGUGUCAUUCUCUUGUAACCCUACAGACUGUUAGUGUUUUGGCAACAGUCUUGUUCCUCUUUGAAGGCUUUGUCCAGACUCAUGGUUUUGAAUACCUCUACCAGAUUUCUUCUCCACCUUCUCCAAUCUAUCAUCCCUGGAAUCAUUUUGCCAGAAUCUUCUCUGCAAUCUCUUCAAAUGCCCUUUAUAUCUGUCCUAGUGUGACACUCAGUACUCCAGUUGAAGUCAAGGUGUGUCUAAUGCAAGUUUAAUGCAACAUCCUUUGAUGUUUUACUUUAAGCCCCAAUUAACAAAGCCUACAGUACUGUAAUUAACCAAAAGUACUUUUCCUGCUGCUGAGUCAAAAAGAACCCCCCCCCAAUUGGUCUUCUUCCUAAACUCUUAACCGCUGACAUGGCAAGAAGAAGGUAUCUAUCCUGGACCAACUUGCCCAAUUAUUUGCUUUUCUCACCAGCACCUUUGCUACCGCCAGGGAGGGGAAAGUUGUAUCCUAGGUCAUGAAUGAAUGAGGAAAUCCAUUAGAAAUCUUCCUCCAGCCUGAAAAACAUCCAUUUACCGUUUAUCUUUGUUACCCCUCUCAGCCAAGUUUGUUUCCUUGUUGUUACUGUCCCUUUUAAUCCACGAAUUACAACUGCUCAAGUCUGGUAUUUGUCAAGUUUCCUUAAGUUCCAACAGUGAAUACAUUGUUUUCUGAAGUAAAAGAUUGAUUUAAAGUCCUUUGGGAAGUCCUAAAGAUGCUAUGUACAUGUAAAUUCUUUGUCAUGCUAUGAACUAUACUAAGUUCCUGAGACUUUAGUGGUAGGAAACCCUAGCACCAGGAAUUAGCAGGUUGUUGCUGAAUAGAUUUCUACUUGUUUAAAGCAUGAACUGGGGUUUUAUUUCGAGCAGAUAUUCUACAUGGGAUGAACAUAUUUUGUGACAUUUAGUGCUUAUAGCUUUUUAUAGACAGCAGGGAGUUCACGGAAGGAGUUCUGCUACAACACAAAUUGUUUUUAGGAUCAUUAAUAAGGUCAAGUUUUAAAUAUCCACGCCACCAUUGAACAGAUGUGGGGUGGGGGAGGUGCAGAAUGUGGAGGAUUAGUGUGUGAAAGUUCAGGCAGCCACAGUAUUUUUUCAUUUGUAAUUCUUAAAAACAAAGCACUGAACAGUGUUAGACACAUUUUGUACAAUAUUCAUACUUUAUCUUAUCUUUUAAUUGAUCAAAGCUUUGUAGAAGCACAUGUAAAAAUAGACAGAAGACAAUCUACUAAUCUGUUAAGUUGCUUCAUGUAGAUAUGGUCUCGUUCUUGACUCUGAGUCAGAAAUUCCCAGUUUGAGUUCUACUAGAGAACUUGAUAGUCAAACAAGGUGUGUUCACAACCCAGCCAAAAAGACUGAGAAUUAACUUAUAAAUCGUUCCAACACAUAUGGGUUCCUCGUGAGCCAUGUGAUGGAAAUAAAGUUAGAGCAUCCAUAAUCACUACCCAGAAGUUUCAGAUGACAUGUAUGUCAAAGUGCAUGACACCACAGCACCUUGGCCACAAUUUUCUAUACACACCGUACAGUCAUGCAAACACUCCCUCACCCUCUCAGAGCCAUAAUCUGCAGAUUAUCUACUACCGGCUGAAAUAUGGUGCCUGCAACAUUACAAGCAUCCACUGCUACAGUGCACCUCAUUUCAGGGUGCCUUGAAGGUAUUUCUGUAUUGUUGGCUCAUAAUAACACAACUCCAUUAACUUAUGAAUAUAUGAAAAAAAUCUGAGCUGAUCUACCAAGUCUGUGCUAGAUGUUUUCAAAUCCACUUUAUCAGAGAUGUUAUUACGCACUUAUAGAGCGGGUGGGCCUUGAAUCUGGCUCUCCUGGCCCAGAGGAAGGGCUCUAUGACACUACUGCAUGAGAACCCUUCAAUUCUGCCCUAUUUGUUUCUCCAACACUCCAAUAAUUCCAUGAUGACCUAAACUGAUACCAGCUUUCAAUUUCAGAUUUGUAGAUAUUUUUCUAAGAGAUGCUUCAAGUGUACCCUAGAUAUUUUUAAUCAAUCUGUGCAGAAAUGUUGGUACACACCUCUGGAACAGGUGUGACUUGAACCUGGGCUUUUUGGCUCAGAGGCAGGGAUGCUACGACUAUGCUUCAAGAGCCCAUUCAAGUCUGCCCUAUGCUGGCUAGUUCAAUGACCAUCAGAUGUCACCCAUAUAAUCUCCUGGGAAAGGGAAAAAAAGUCCUGUAAUAAGUUAAGGCCAGUUUUGGUAAAACUCCAUUAUUCUGAUUGAAUUCCAAUUCCAGUAAUUUAGCCAAAUAUAGAAAAACUAUUCUUAGCUCAUCCAUUUCUCCCCUGAAUGCAUGCGGCAAAAAUUCUCAUGUCAUAUGCAGGUUGACCGUGUCAGACCUGACCUAGCUUUGUGCCUAAUUAACUUGUGUAUUUGGGCUUUAGUAAUGCUUAUUGAGCUCAUUGAAAGGUCUGAAAUCAAAGUUUGUUUAAAAUGCCACAGCCUCUGCUGUCAGUUCUAUCUUGGUAACUGAGAGCUUUUCAACUUCCACUCUUAGAAGCCUCCUCGGUUCUUUUCCAAAGCUUGUACGUCACCAUAUGAAGGGACCAAAAUUCACAGAAUAGUUGUGGUGCAGGAGGUCACCAUUUGGACCAUCAUGUCUGCACGACUUUCUCAGCAUUUUAACUUCGUGCUAAUCUCCUACUCGUUCCCUAUAACCCUGCAUGUGGAACACACACUCCUGGAUGUGCUCCAACCAAGACAGGAGCCUGUUUCUUGUUUUAAUCUUUAAUUGUCCUUACAAUGUAUCCUGAUUUUCAGUAACUAAUAUCGUGCACAGCAAGUACACAACCUGUACAAGGAAAUUCUCAGUCCUGAGUAGACAUCACCUUUGGAUUGAGGGAACAGCUGCAAGAUCAGGCAUGAUGUACACAUGUCAAAAGAGCCACAAUCCACAUGCAUCACGGCCACCACUUAGCUAAAAGACAUCUAGAAGAUACAAUUCUAUUACCACUGUCUCCCAAACCUUCCCAACUGUUCCAUCAAGGUCUACCUGCAUUCUGUUUAUUUCAUGGCAUCUGUACAUUUCAGUCAUAGGUUGCUAAUAGUUCCUGAUGAUUUUGUACGAAGGCAUUGCUAAAGAUGAAGAUCAACAGAUCCAGGAUUAAUCCCUGGAGGCUUCCACUAGUGAUUUGAGUCCACCAUGGGCCACUUGCCAAUACUAAUUUUCUUUUUACUAUUUGCCACCAAUCCACAAGAAUUGUCUUUGGUUGGUAGCCUUUUGUGUGAUACCAAAAUCUGCUCUGGGAAAUCCUUCAUUAGCUCUUUAUCCUAAAGAGUUAUGUUCCUUCAAGAAUAUGUGGAUAGUCCAGAAAAAUGCUAUUGAGGUUGAAGAUGAGCCAAGAUCUAGUUGAAUGACAGAGCGUGUACAAGGGUUGAAUAGCCGCCAUAGCCGCCUCUUGUUUGUAUUUCAUAUGUCCCUAUAUCGUACCUUCUCACAGACAUGAUUGUUUAUUUAAGCCUAUAAAAUUAUUUCUGCUUUAGUCUAAAUUUGCUUUCAACAUUAUCUGUUGUUGUGGUUUGGUUGAUGAUGAAUUUAACAAUAUUGCCAGGGCCACUAUUAAACUAGGUUCUGUGUAAAAUAUCACCAGAUCAGUGAUACAGUAUGUAACAUUUGCCAGGUUCUGGUGUCUCAAAUGUAAUGCUACUCAUUAUUUUAAGUGCAAUAAAUUUCACAUAUAAUGAAAGACA